CGCCCCCGCACUACAACUCCCGGGGAGCCCCGCGCCGCGCGUCAGGCGCCCGCGCCGGGCCGGGCCGAGCUGGGCCGAGCUGGGCUUGAGCUUGAGCUUGAGCUGCGCCGGGACGGGACGGGACGGGCUCAGCACCGCCGCCAUGCAGAUGUCCUUCCACUUCUCGGACACGGCAGUGCUGCUCUUUGACUUCUGGAGCGUCCACACACCCACAGGGAUGGCGCUCUCCGUGCUGGUGAUCCUGCUGCUGGCGAUGCUUUAUGAAGCCGUCAAGAUGGGCAAGGCCGUGCUGCUGCGGCGGGCGCUGCUGGCUCUGCCCCGCAGCCUCAGCCGGGAGUCGCUGGCAGAGCCGGAGGAGGGGGGCGCUGGCCCUGCGCAGGGCAGGUGGUUUCGGUACCAUGUUGGCCAGACACUGUUCCACGUGGUGCAGGUGGUGCUGGGCUACAUGGUGAUGCUGGCCGUCAUGUCCUACAAUGCCUGGAUCUUCCUUGGAGCCAUUGCGGGCUCCACACUGGGCUAUUUUGUGGUGUACCCCCUGCUCGGUCGGGGCUAGGCACCCCCCCGGGGAUGGUGGGCGAUGUGCUCUGUCUGGAAUAGCUGCUGCCACUUCUGUUGGGUCUGUCCUUGUCCCCAUGCUGUGUGGGAUGCAGCACCCCAGGGACUUGCUGCAGGGACCCUUGGUGCUGGCCUGACUUGGGGGGGGGGCACUGGGAAGGGGAGCCCCAUGGCCAGCACUCUGCCACGCUGACACCGCCACCGUCCUCGGCUGGAGGCUGUCCCCUGGCUCUCAGGGAGCUUUGGCCAGGUGAUGACAGCUGGGGGUGGGGGUGGGGAUGCUGGGGAUUUCCUUCCCCCCACUUUUCGGGGGGGGUUCAUUCUGGCUGGAACGGGAAUGGUCCAGGGACCUGCUGGGGACAGGCACCCCUGCCCUCCCACCCAGAGCUGCCCUGCACCAAGCCCCUCUUCACACAGUGCCUUCUGGGGGUAAUGGGGAUCCUGCUGGCCCCCCACCUCCAUCCCCUCUCCAGUGCAGUGCUCCAGGGUUGGGGUCAGCGUAGUUCCAGAGCUGCCGCUGUGACUGUGCCGAGGGGAAGCUGCUGCUGCAGGUGCCUCUUGCUGCUUCCUUGGGACACCCUUUUUAAUAAAAUCACCUCAGUUGUUUGGCUCCUGGCUUGUGUUGCUGCAGGGUGACUUCAGGAUGUGACACCACCCGUCACGGAGGGUAGUGGGGAAUCCCCAGCCCUACCCCUCCAUCACAGCCCCAGGGGGAUGGUUCAGGAAUAAGGACAGUCUCCUCUGCCUUUAAAUAAAGCUUUUCCAUUUUAUUAAUUAUUAUAAGCAUAUUUUUAAACAUUUGUAUAACUUUCUUAAUAAAAUAUCCUGGAAGAGA